AUCAAUCGAGGCCGGCAUUUUCUGCUUAUAGUCUAACCCGGAAUAGUCCCGGAACCUACAUCAAUGCAAACGGAAGCUUUGGAGCCUGCCCUCGGGACUCCGAGAUUCGAUCCCGAUGUGCACAAGAGUCCGAGAGAGGAUGGCCCAACGAGCGGUGAAGACUCCUUUGUUAAAUCAAUUAUCACUGGCUCUCCCCAGAAAUCCUGCACCCACAACACUUGGAUGGAUAUAAAGUGGGACGCGCCACCUGAAUCCAAUUCACGUGUCUCUCCCAGCGAUUUAGCACAAAUAAAAGAUCCCCUUGAUGCUAUUGACGCUCUAGAGGAAGCCCUUGAAGAAAUCGGAGAAGCUUUACCGACAGCUCAAUAUCAUGGUCUCGAUUCCCCCCAAAGAGGGGGUACCCCGGUUGAAACUAGCAGGAGCCAAAAUGGAGAGACUAACCACACGGUUCCCAAUUGUUCAAGGAAAGAGACCACCAGCCUCGCGAUAUCGGAGGGGUUGUCAUGCAUGGACGGACCUCCCAAAGAUGCAGGUGAAAAUGCGAAGCCGAAGACUCCACGACAAGCACCAAGCCGAGCACCCGAGCAAACUUGCGAAACACGAACGUUGUCGAAUUCCAAACCCAGCAAAAUCUCUACUAACUGCACGGGUCCCAAGGUAGCAGACCGCUCGGUUGGCGAAGCUCUCGCUGCAGGUCAACUUGGUCACACCCCAGCCAAUGUGCCGAAGACUUCUAAAACCGAACAGUCCAAAGCGAACCGACUUAGCAUCGCCUCACUUAGUACCUCAAAGCCAGGGUUUACACCAGUUAAGUCCACCAAACCCCUCACUAAACCGACCUUCGAGUUACCGGGCGAGGCCAUUUCACGGCGCAUGAAGGCUCAGCGAGAGCAGCGUCUUAAAAAAGAGGAAGAAGAAUUACAGCGCAGACGGGCCUUUAAGGCUUCCAAAAUUCGAUACAGUAUUGUUCCAUCUACUGAAGUUAGAGAAACCAUUACCAGCCGCUCCAGGGCGAACCUAAGUGCUGCUGAGAAUUCUCACAAAGCUCCAGCCCAGGCAGGUACAAGAUUGAAUUUUUCAAACUCAGCGCAAGCGAGCCCUACAGAUAGAACCUCCCUAAAACACACUGGAUCCGAUGAGCGCCUUGGACGGCGGACGAGUUUUGCGCCCCCAAGAACGCGUCAUUCGUCGGUGAACAGUGACCUAAUCUCGCGCUCCUCCAGUUUGAAAGCUGUGUCCAAUCUUGCCGGGACAAACGGGGCCCAGACCAGAAAUUCUAUGACCUCUACAAAGACCCCAGCUACAAAGACCGAUCACAUAAUACAGAAGUCCCGAGGGAAAGAAAUAUUCGGACAGGAUCGUCAAUUGGUACAGGAACGUGAGCGCGAGCGUAAAGAAAGGGAAGAUGCUGCUAAACGUGCCAGAGCAGAAGCAGCACAGCGUGGAAGACAGGCAAGCCGCGAAUGGGCAGAGCGACAAAAGCAAAAAUCCAAGAUUGUCAGAGCGAGCCUCAAUGCCUGAAGUCCGAUCAGUGGGGCCGGCAGGCGGAUUAGGUCCAAAGUACGAAGCGAAAGAUUGGCGGUACUUAUCUGGAAUCCUCGCCCAUUAAGCAUGUAUGAAUUCAAGCCCGACUGUGUUUUUUUGAUAAGGAUCUACAGGCGGUGUGCCUGGACGAUACCGUGGAUGAACAUCACUCACAUUCUUGUAGUAACCAGUGCCUGAAUUUUGUUUUCCUGCUUUUUCCUUUUUACCACCACCUCCCUAACCAGUUCGAGUUAUUCAACUGUUAGGGUACGAAGAUAAUCAUAUGUUUGUACUGCUACUACGCUGCUCGUGUUGCAAACUACCCUCUCUCUUCUUUUAAAAAACACAUUCUCUCUGUCUGUUGAUUCUACUGUUGGCAUGCUGCAAAUGUAUUUGGUCCUCUUGUCUUCAAAAAGAAAGGGUUUUUUUUUUGGGGGGGGAGGGUUUGGUUUCAUGGUGCGGGUAUGUCCAAAAUGAUUGGGGGUUUUUCUAACGUCCGGAGAGACUGCUUUCGGUCACCUCAUCCAUGACAGAUGACCGAACUACUUUUAUGUCCGGCAGUGUUCAUGAAAUAUGAGUAUGGAAACCCAAGUU